UUUUCUGUCUUGUUUUGAAGUUGCGGUGCUUCACACGUGGUUAUGAAACCGGGUAAGAAGUCUGCAUUUUCUGUCUUCAAGAAGAAGAAGAAGGCAGCAGAAGCACUCACACAAGUUGCCACAGAGCGGACACCAUCAGGAAAAGUGAACAAAGCUUCACGAUCGAAAAGGUUGUCAUUGCCUAAACAGUUCAAGGAAACUCUAAUCAAUGGCGAUGUCACAAACGUCACGACGAAGUCAUUGACUGAGAAGAGGACAACAAGGAAUGGGCCAAAGAAAAAAGCUAAACGGAACUCUGAGUGUACGAACUCUUUUACGGAAGUAGAUUUUAGCAGGUCGCCAAGCCGCCUGAACGUCCAUCAGGCUUCAGAUGACGAAGAACACGAAACAGACGAUGGUCUAAAACAUUCAGAGCGUCGCUUUGCCUGGCUCAUCGACCCCAUCAAAAAGGAGCAAUUUUUCAACGAACUCUGGGAGAAGAAACCGAUGCUCUUGAAGCGACACAAUGCAAAGUAUUACAAGAACCUUUUCAGCUGUUCCUAUUUUGACAAGGUUCUGCGGGAGAAAGUACUUUAUUUCACCGAGAACGUUGACGUCACAACGUACGAGAACGACAAGAGGGAAACACAUAAUCCAGAAGGUCGAGCACAUGCGGCGGCUGUCUGGGAUGCCUUUCAGAGGGGUUGCUCCAUACGACUGCUGAACCCACAGACCUACAGCCGUGGGGUUUGGCGUCUCUGUUCGCAGCUCCAGGAGUUCUUCGGCAGUUUUGUUGGUGCGAAUGUAUACCUCACACCAGCGGGCUCGCAAGGUUUUGCACCUCACUACGACGACAUCGAGGCGUUUGUUCUGCAACUCGAAGGAAAGAAAGAAUGGAAGCUCUAUGCCCCGAGAACACCAUCGGAGGAACUCCCGCGCUAUUCAAGCAGCAACCUAUCUGCCGGCGAAGUCGGGGAACCCAUCCUGACGGCUGUCCUCGAGCCCGGGGAUCUACUCUAUUUUCCGCGGGGCAUCAUCCACCAGGCGAAGACAACGGACGCGAUCCACUCCCUGCACAUCACUGUGUCCACCUGCCAGAAGAAUACGUGGGGUGAUCUUUUCGAGAAGAUGCUUCCGCGAGCUCUGCAGCUUGCCAUAGAAGACGACGUAGAAUUUCGACGGUCGCUUCCGAGGGACUACCUUCAUUCGGUGGGGGUUGCCAACUCCGACCUCGACGAAAAUCCAUCAAGAGACGCAUUUUUACGGAAGGUACGCUGUCUCAUGGAAAAGGUCAUCACGUAUUGCCCUAUCGAUGCAGCGGCCGAUCAGAUGGCAAAGGGUUACGUCCACGAUUCCCUCCCGCCUGUGCUUUCUGACGACGACAAGCGCUGCAGCAUCCACGAAGGUGAGCUUUGGGAAGAUGGACGCGUGGUCAAUGCCCAGGAACUGGACCCAGAUGCGGAAGUCAGGCUGCUCCGCAAAACUGCCGUAAGACUGGUCAUGGAAGAAGACUCAGUUCGAGUAUACCAUUCGUUUGACAACUCUCGAGUCUACCACGAACGCGAGCCCAUCUGGUUCGAAGCUGGUGCAGAGAGCGCCCCCGCAAUUGAGGCUCUCUUCCACGCGUACCCACAGUACCUCAGGAUUGAUGAUCUACCACUGCAAGAGCAGCUACAAAGGAUCGAGGUGGCAUCCAUGCUCUACGAGAAAGGUAUCCUACGUACCAGAACGCCACUUGAAAGCUACGAAGACUCCGACUAAGGCGCCAUAACUGUAUCACAGUAUUUUAUUUCAAAAGGUAACAGAAAUAAUUUCAGUCAUUCAACCGUAAAAGUAAAUGAGGAUAUAUACAAACAUUUCCUUUUGGCGUUUUGACGGUGUAAACCACAAUAGGAAUGCUAUUUUAAUUCAUUCAUUCUUUGUAAAGCUGUCUACUACACAUGAUGCUGUACAACAACGUGUGAAUACACAUAUAUGAAAUAUGCGAGAUGAUGUUCAACGAGUACGGAUGUACGGAAGACUAGUUUGACACCUGCUGGCACUCAAUAUGUACAACAGCCUACAUGUAGCGUAACUAAUGGUUACUAGCCGACAUAGCCAGACAAUCUCUGUGCUGUCCUGGUUAUAUUUUUGCAACCCUGCAUUAAUAAGGCACUGAGUGCUUUAUGCCCCAGGAUGCUGCAGCGACAAUGAAGAGAUUUUGCCCAAAUUAACCAAAUGUUGAGGCACAUCUCAGGUGAAAUAUCCUCUGCUGUGCAAAUGAUGGAUGUCAGUUUUGAGUCAAAUUACAUAGUGCAACUGCAAGUAGCGGGCUUCUUAUUGGCUCUGUGCUCCGGGGCGAUCCUGGGCCGACAAACAUGUUUCCGAGAGCCUGGCUCGGCUGGGUCACGCAGCUAAUUCCACACAAUGCAGGACUAUAUUAGUUUAUACCAUCACACGCUUGCAUCAUUCCUGCGCAUAUAUUUGCAAAAACAAGCAAAGGACACUGCAUUACACAUAUGAUGUCGACACUCUCGAACCUUCUCAAAGCCUCGUCACAUUCUUCUUGAAUCCUCGUAUCUUUCACAAUCACGUUCGCAAAGCUUAGUGACAGGGGUAGGGAUCGGGAGCAGGAGUUUGUCGACAACGUCCUCUACCUCCGCAAAAACUUGUAGUGUGACGAUGUGCGUUCUGUAUUUACUUUGAUCUCGUGCUGUUGCAGCGUUAAACCACCAGUUGUUGUA